UAAUUUCAUGGAUAUUUGUAUCAUUUACUUGCUAGGAUUUCUGUAAUGAAAAUAAGUAAUAUGUAACUAUGGCUUAGUUCUAAUUAAAACAAUAGUUACAGCUUAAAUUAUUGUUAACCUAAAACCUGUAAAAAAUAUCUGGCAUUAUGCCAAUAGAAGACUAUUUAUGAGUAUUUUCGGUCUAAGGCAGGUUUCACGUGCUCUUACUUUCUUCCUCAAACAGCCCAUGUAUACCUGAAGCAGCAUUCUAUCAGAGAUUUUAAGGAAUUAACAGUUGCCAUGGAGAAGUCCCCGCCACCCCACGAACAGCAGAAAAAAUCCAAGCGAGAGGACCGCAACAAAAAAGAUGACAAAAACGUUGAGCAGUUCAUGAAAUCUCUUAACUCUUUACCAACUCUGGAGGAAAAGCUCUCCCUAGUUUGCAAGAAGUAUGUCCAGACUGCGGAUGACAAUAAGAAAAUGCUGUUUUACAUGAAGCAGUCGGAUAAGAGAUAUGCUCUGCUGCUGAAGGAGAAAGACCAGCUACAACAUGAGUUUAAUAAGACUAUUUUACUGAAGUCCAAGCUUGAAAACCUUUGUCGGGAACUGCAGAAACAAAAUAAGGCUAUUAAGGAAGACUCCCUCCUCAAGAUCCGCGAGGAAGAGGAGCGUCGCAAGGAGACACAGGCCAAGUUCCAGGCGACGCUCGCGGAGAUCACCGCCAUGCUGCAGCAGAACAACGACAAGAACAACAAGCUGCGGGAUGAUAACAUCAGCAUGACCGAGAAGUUCAAGAGUGUGGUCACGCAGUACCAGAUGAGGGAGCAGCAGGUAGACAAAAUGCAAAAGCAAUUGUCACUCGAAACCCAACUCUCCGACGCAAAAAUGCAGAAAGCCAGCUUAGAACACCAAGCGGAAAAGGGCAGACUCCUAGCCGAGAUGGAAACACUGAAGAUGGAGCUAUGCAAGAGCGAGGCAAAGAUAGAGGAGAUGAAAGGGACAGAAGUGGCUCUUCGUAGCCAGAUAGCCGUAUAUACGGAGAAGUAUGAUGAGUUCCAGAACGCGUUGGUCAAGAGUAACCAAGUGUUUGGAGGUUUUAAGGGGGAAAUGGACAAGAUGUCUAAGAAAAUUCUUAAGCUGGAGAAAGAGUCACUCUCAUGGAAGAAGCGAUGGGAGACGUCGCAGACCGCUCUUAUAGACAUGUGCAGCGAGCGUCAAACCAACGAGCAGCAGGCGGCGGCGAGCGCGCGGCACCUGCAGCAGAUGCAGGCCUUGUGUCGCACCUUACAGGGUGAACGCACGGUCCUUCUAAACGUACUGAAAGAACACAACAUAGAGCGGCCCGCCAUGCCGCCCGCGCCGCCCGCGCCCGCGCCCGCCCCCGCGCCGCCCUCUAGCAGUGCUAAGGUGGAUGCCAUGGCGGCGAACUGCGCACAGCUGAAGCAAAGCUUAGCGCAUCUGCAGAACCAACUGAACGUUCUCACCACGCAGAAGGAAGAAAAACAACCGGAGACACCUAAAGCAGAGAAAAAGAAGUCGAAAUCCAAGAAGAACAAGGGUGAGAAAGCUGUGGAAAAACAAGAAAACAACGAAAACGAAGCUAAAAGCAAUGUCGACAAUAAUACUGAGGCUGUGGAUGUCAAUGCCAAUGACAAUGUAAAAGAAAUAGCUGUAGACAACCUUAUACAAGCAAUAAGCCAAGCGAAUAUCAGCCUGGCUGACUUAGACGGCGAUAGUGAUGAAGUACAAAAUGGAAAUGUUGAAGUUGAAACUAAGGUAGAAAAUGGCGUAGAUAAAGUACCUAAAAUUGUUGAAAUCGCGUCUAAGGCAGCCCUAAACGACAGUUCGUUUGUCGAACCCAAUUCUAACGAGGAGGUGGCACAUAUACCUGAGAUUAAAUCCCUGACGGAGGAACAAAAUGAACAGGUUGCCUGAGAAUCACUUCGGAGUGUAGGUUUUCUAAUGCUUUUGAGUUUUCUAUUUUCUUGUGUUGUUCUUUAUCAUGUUUCAAUGAUACCUGAGUACUAAGCGUGAGUUUUCCUUAUCGGUCGAUCGUUGUUACUUUUAACGAUAAUGUUGCAUGAAUAACAAAUUUAAGAACUUUUAGACGACGCUGCUGUGCGUUGCCGAUCUACAGCAGUCACUAAACUCGCACUUAGUACUCUGAAUGAAUGGGAAAGAAAAGUGGUCUAGUUUAAAAACAAGCAAAGUUCAAAAGACUUCUUAGAUCAUAGCUUUCCUUUUCUUUCCCAUUGAUCUAUUCUCUCUAUCUUAUGUUUGACUUCUAUUUAUUUUAUUCUGGGCAAGUGGUUAGUUUUCUCAGCUCUCGACCGUAUCUGUAGGUAUAUUUUGUAUGGAUCAUUGUUAGUUACGCGUAUGUACCACUAGAUGGCGGUACACGAUAACUAUGCAAAACUACCGUGAUCGAGUAGUGAGAAAGUUAACAAUAGGCCCAUUUUCCGAAGGAUACAGUCGAUGAUUUUUGGUAUUUGCUUCCAUUAGUAUUGUAGGCUAUGCCAUUUUUUAAACUGAAAUCUUGCUGAGUUUUUUUCUGUUUUGUCCGUGUUUUGUACUUAAAAUGUUCUCCGUAUAGUGUGUGGUCUAUUUCUGAAUGAUGCACAAUUAAUCACAAGCUACAAUAAAACGUAUGUUACAGAAUAUCAUAUCGAUAAGCAAUAAUAUAUAACAUACAUAAUUAUGUGUGUUUAGCCAUAAUAUAUUCUAAAAUUUGACAACAUUUGGUGCCUUUUUUGUACGGUAUAUUAAUUUUAGGUUAAUCUAAACAUAAUAUUUUGGUGUUUUCUCAUUUAUAAAAAGUUACUGUUAUUUUGUAUUUGUGUUUAAAAUACAUAAUUAGGUAUAGUAUAGUGAUCUUAUUCAGUACACUUAGGAAACAUCAUAUCUCUGUCAAUUUGAUAAAUAUAACAUAUAAGUAUGGAAAUUUUACCUACCUUCAUUUCUUCAUCUUGGUGUGCUCAAUAAGUUUUCUUAAAUUUAACUAUACUGCCUAUCAUUCAGCCUAAAACCAUUUAAAUGUAUGACUUGUUAUAUUUAAUAAGUAAAUUUAGUAUUAUUUUAGUUGCCUAUUCUCAAUGUGCCUACUUUUCAUUAUGUCUAGUCAACAUUGGUAUUUUAGACAAUCUUUCGUCUGUUUCUCAAAAAAACUUAUUCAAGUUCGUAGGUAAAUUACUAGUGUAAGUAGUUUUAUAUAAUUCAUUAUCAUUUGGCCAUCUAGGUACUGUAUGUAGUAAUAUCCGUCGUUGUUCUAUGGUUGUAUAUAUCUGAUCGAUAUUUCGCCGGAUUCAUCAUCAUCAUCAUCAGCCCGUAUUUUUCCAAUGCUGGACAUAGGCCUCUGCCAAGGAGUAACUAUGCCUGUCCUCGGCCUUCCUCAUCCAGCCUCUAUCUGAUACCUACAUAAUACCCAGUAAUCAGUCCUUGGGGUACAUUUCCUUCAAAUACUCAAGUAGUUAUUAAAUUACAAGGGUUCUUUUCGAUUCGGAUAUAUUCAACCUGACAAAGUAUUUAAAUGUAUGUACGCAAUGGCAAUAUGAAAAUAUUCUAAAUAGGUAUUAAGCACUACAUAAUCGUAUUUAUUAUGUAUGUAUGUUCAAAACAGUUUUACAUGUUAUUAUCAAAGCAUUUGUAUGGAAAUAAUUGUGUUACAGCUAGACAAUAAGGUGUUUUUGAUAAUAUAACUUUUAC